CGAGACCCAGUGUGCGGCUGAUCCGCUCAGAGAGCCUAGUCUGGCGAAUAGCAUUAUAAAAUAAUAGAGUGACGCCGACCCGCGCCGCGACCGUCGCUUCCCCGCCAUCUUUUAAAUAAAAAACUCGAUAAUAACAAUAAAAAUAAUGAUAAAACAGUCCCAGUCUAUAGUCGGCUAAAACCGCGAGUAGAUAAAGUGACAUUUACGGAGUUUUCGCGAGUUAGUGCCAAGUUUUGGUGGCUCUUAGCAGUUGUUUUAAACAAACACCGCGCGUCCAAAAGGAUUACGUGGCUGAAGGACAGUGCUAUUGUAGCAAGGAAUACAAGCCGACAUGGACGAGACAGGCGAGGCCCAGGCGCAGGCGCAUACCUUGCUGGGACAGAAGCCACAGACCCCGCAGCGACAAGAUACCAAGCUAACUAGGACAUUGAGAUCAUGCUGCUUCAUUCCGCAACGCUACAUCCUGGGAGUGAUGGGUCUGCUGGGGGUCUGCAACGCGUACACCAUGAGGGUCUGCCUCAACCUGGCCAUCACCCAGAUGGUGAACCACACCAAGGCUGUCGGCCACCACGACGACCCGGACGCCUGCCCGACCGACGCCAUCGAUAUUGUCAACACCUCUAUAGUUUAUCCAGCUGGACACAUAUCAAAGCCUUACGGCGUCUUCGACUGGGAUGAAAAAACUCAAGGUCUCAUUUUAAGUGGGUUCUACUACGGCUACGCGAUCACUCAAGUGCCUGGAGGCUACCUGGCUGAGAAGUUUGGAGGAAAAUGGACUCUCGGGCUUGGCCUGCUGAGUACCGCACUCUUCACAUUCCUGACUCCAUUUGUGACCAGAGCUGGAGGUGCAACAUGGCUGUUUAUCCUUCGAGUCCUUCAGGGUAUGGGCGAGGGUCCGACAAUGCCUGCUCUCAUGAUAAUGCUGGCUCGCUGGGUGCCUCCUCAUGAGCGAUCGUUCCAAGGAGCGCUGGUCUUCGGAGGAGCACAGAUCGGGAACAUCUUCGGUUCCUUCAUGUCAGGUGUCCUGUUAUCUGAUGACAACGACUGGUCCUAUGUGUUCUUCUUCUUUGGAGGGUUCGGACUUCUAUGGUUUGCUUUGUGGAGUCUCUUCUGCUACAGCACCCCGAACACGCAUCCGUUCAUAUCUAAGAAGGAACUUCACUACCUGAACACGAACGUGACAACAGCUGACAACAAGGGAGCCAAGGACCCAGUACCUUGGAAGGCGAUCCUACGAUCAGCACCCGUCUGGGCUUUAGUUUGUGCUGCUGUUGGUCACGAUUGGGGCUACUACACAAUGGUCACAGAUUUACCGAAAUACUCCACUGAUGUGCUCAAGUUUAACAUCAAAACCACUGGGACGUUGACAGCCCUACCCUACCUCGCUAUGUGGCUUUCUUCCUUCGCUUUCGGCUUCAUUUGUGACGUUUGCAUCAAGAAGGGUUGGCACACGAUCAAAACCGGGAGGAUUAUACAUACCACCGUUGCUGCCACCGGUCCUGCAAUCUGCAUCAUCCUGGCGUCGUACGCCGGCUGCGACCGAGUCGCCGCUAUGGUGUACUUCGUACUGUCCAUGGCUCUCAUGGGUGGAUUCUACAGUGGGAUGAAGGUAAACGCCCUCGACUUAGCUCCGAACUACGCCGGGUCGCUCACAUCUCUCGUCAACAGCACGUCUACCAUCGCCGGCAUCGUCACUCCAUACCUCAUUGGACUCUUGACUCCCAAUUCAACACUAGUGGAGUGGCGCACGGCAUUCUGGGUAUGCUUCGUAGUGCUGGUGGGAACCAACGUGGUGUACUGCAUCUGGGCGGACGGCAAGCAGCAGUGGUGGGACGACGUGCGCCAGUUCGGCUACCCACCCGAGUGGAAGCACGGCCAGCUCGUGCCCACCGAGAGCCCAGAGACGGUGCAGGAACUGCGCAGACAGUCCAGCGUGAACAAACAGUGAAACAAUGAUCUCAAAUACUCUGAUCUUCUCCGUACUACUGCAUUUCACUCAGACCCCUGAGUCACGACCAUGACUUUAUGACCUGUAGGUUAGGGUCUCGUUGCGUGUGUACUUUUGAAAUGUUAAUCAGCCAUUUUGUAAACACCAGUGAGCUAGUCAUAAGAAUGUCUUGUUGCAUGACAAUGUAUUUGAUGAAUACAAAAAAUCGAUUAAUUAAAUUGUACAAAUAUAUUGUAAGUUGAAACUGAAUGUCUUGUGCGUUAAACGCAGCAUUGUAAUUUAAAUGUAUUGUAUUGUGUAAUCAUAUUUUAACCGCCGAAUGUUAUCUGUUGUAAUGAAUAAAUUGUAGUUUUACUGUAAA